AAGCGGUGGCAUCCCCAGGAGCUACCCCGGGCCCCCCGGCACCGCGGCUCCUGGACCGGGUCGUCCUUCCCUUGCCUGCUUGGAGGUGCUGAUGGAAGCAGCAGCCUGGUGUGGAACGGCUGCUGCCUCCCAGGGAAGAAUCAUGACCAAGAUGAACUGCAUCCUGGUGACCGCCUGCAUUGUCCUGAUUGCUUUUUGUACUUCUGGUUAUGCCUUAAGGUGUUACCACUGCGAGAACAGCCCUUCCUUGUGCAAGACCAAUAGUACUUGCUUAGCAACUGAAGAUACUUGCUUGCAGAUGAAAUUCGGUAAAUUGAGAACCUCCUCCUGCUGGAAGGCAUCCCAGUGCAGUAUGAAUGAUAUUGCUGAGUUCUUCCAGUUGGAUAAUUUUGAUUUCUUUUGCUGCCAACACGACUUGUGCAAUGAGAGUGCAAUUCCUGGGCUUAACAAAGCAGCCUUCAGUAUUGCCUCUGUACUGACCAUGUUCUGGAUGCUCCUGUAACAAUCCUCAUUUCUAUGCUGUACUUUCAAGCUGAAAUUACACUAAAUCAUUACUCUUUUCUGAAUUGUACUUCUCACAUUUGCAGUUCCUAACAGUGGGCAGAAAUAUUCCCUUUUAAUUUUAAAUGCUCUUUCCUAAGGUUCUAUCUGUUAAAUCAUUGUCGUUAUUCAUGGGAAGGAGAUUUAGCUUGUUACCAGUUACAAUGAAUUCAGGUAUUUUGGCCUGCCCUAUUCAUGGGGGAAAUAACUUGCUAUGAAGUAGUGUUAUCUUGUGGAGAGCCCUGGUCAACUUCAGUGGGUGAUGUGAGAGGGAAGGAAUACUCUUAAGUUUAAUGCUGAAAAACUAUUAUUUCUUACCAUCCCAUAAAUUGUAAUUAUUGCAGUGAAUUUGCCCUCAGCACAAGAAGUGUUGGAUCAUUAAGUAUAAACUUGCUUCGGUCUUCAUGAUGAGGAUGGGAGUAUUUAGUUUCAAGUGAUAUAGGCUCUUUGUUCCUGUCACUGUAAUGUUUUUACAAGACAAUGAUACGACCUUGUGAGCACUGUUUAUUUUGGGAGAAAGCAUCUACAUUUCUUAAACCAAAACGAAAAUAAUGCUGUAAGUGAGAAACACUCUUUUUCUAUUUUGGCAAGCGUGCAGACAACAUGUGCCAGCUUCUUUUUGAGUAUUUUUUUUCCCCCUUAUAGUUUAUCCAUGUCUAAGAUUUUAAGUAAGCAUGUGCUUUGCAUGCUUAUUGGUACACUGAAAAUGAUUUCUAAAAUGCUAAGGAACUGAAGUGGCAGAUCUAGUUUAUUUUCCCCACACAUAACCCUUCAAGCUCUCACCUAAGAGUACUAAACAAAACCUUGCAGAACUUUCUAUUUUGACCUUUAUGCAACACUAUAAAUGCCAAUGCAAACUUGACAUGUAUUUAUAUAGCAUGAAUAAAACCCGUUCAGUUUGUAUGUGUAAGGGGUCUGGAGCUGAAAUACUCUGUACAUUGCUCUGCCUCAGAGGUAGACACAGAGCUUUGACACUCCUCUGGUAUUUAGGGACCCUCUCAGUCAGGUACACUGCUAGGUUCUCCUUUUUGUCUUCUGGAGCUCUUGGCAUGUCCCUGCAGGAGUUGUGGUCCAUUCCCAGUGAGAUAUUCUCUUCCCAAGGACCCCUGCUUGUGCUGUGCAGGGUGCCAGCAACACCAGUUCGCCAUAACAAGGGUGUUACUCCAAAUCCACAACGUAUUCUGCAAUGUAUCUUUUGGUUAAGCUUCUGUUAGCUAUGAAAGUAUUCUGGGCUAUCUCUGAUCACUCAAAAUACAUAAGUCAUACUGUCUUUGAUUAAUAAAAAUGUGAAAAAAGAAAA